GCGCGCGCGGCCAGUAACAACCGCACCUGCCUCGAGCGCAGGCGCACGCGACACAUACACGCAACAGCGCCCCCUCUUGCGAAACUAAUCGUUCCAUAACCCAGUGGACAUUGUCCAUAGUGUCUGUGCCCAUUGACUGGACCCUCCGGAAGGAACACGGCACGAUCGCUGCGCCGAUCGCUCCCAGAUAUAACCUGGCUACAGGCAGUCAACAUUAAUUUUGCCUCGAGACAACGUUAGUUUUAAGAUAUCUACAGAAUGGCACUAAUACUGCAAUACAUAAAUGACAUGCACCUAUUUAUGGAUAAAUAUGGAGACCCUAGGACAAAUCCAUGGUUCCUGAUGAGCUCUCCAUUCCCUACAUUAUUAAUAUGUCUCACCUACGUAUAUCUAGUCAAGGUUUUAGGUCCACGAUUUAUGGAAAAUAGAAAACCAUAUGAAUUAAAAAAAUUAUUAAUAGUUUACAACUUUUUACAAGUGAUAUUCAGCGCCUGGCUUUUCUAUGAGAUCGGGGCGGCGGGCUGGUUCACAGGCAGGUAUAACUUUCAAUGUCAGCCAGUCGACCACUCCAAACAUCCACAAACUAUGAGGAUGGUACACGCAUGUUGGUGGUACUAUUUCUCGAAGUUCACUGAAUUCCUAGAUACGAUCUUCUUUGUGCUAAGAAAGAAGUUUGACCACGUAUCUACCCUGCACGUGAUCCACCACGGCGUAAUGCCGAUGUCCGUCUGGUUCGGAGUGAAGUUCACGCCAGGCGGUCACUCCACGUUCUUCGGCCUCCUCAACACAUUCGUCCACAUCAUCAUGUAUUCAUACUACAUGCUCGCCGCUAUGGGACCACACAUGCGGCCAUACUUGUGGUGGAAGAAAUACUUGACCACACUGCAAAUGGUGCAAUUCGUAGGUAUAAUGGUGCACGCGUUCCAACUGUUGUUCAUCGAGUGCGACUAUCCGCGCGCGUUCGUCUGGUGGAUCGGCAUGCACGCUGUCAUGUUCUUCUUCCUCUUCAAGGACUUCUACAAUCAGUCCUACAGAAACAACAAAGCUAAGGUGCGAGCGCGGUCCCCUCAGCCCGAGACAACGCAAAUCUCUGAGAAGGAGAUCACGUACAAGAACGGCGCCAGCCUGAACGGCUAUAGCAACGGCCACGGCCGCGGCCUGGUGCGCGCGCGCACCGUGCUGCCCGCCGGCAACUGACGCAACGCGCGCCCGCCCGCCCUGCGGACCUGUCUGUGAGCCGCCGGGACCCACCUACCGCGGCGGACCUGCCUGGGAACCGCCGGGACCACCUCACUCGGCGGACCUGCCUGUGAACCGACGGGUCCCACACACGGCGGACCUGCCUGUGAACCGCCGCCGGGUCUCACCACUGACACGGCGCGGGCCCCUCGGGACACGUAUGUGACGCUCAAUUGGUGGACUUUAACGGGGUGACGGUGUUGAUUGUAUGUGGACGCGCGACCGCGCUUCGAUAACCUAUACAGUUGUUAGUGUUACAUGUGAUUUUAUUUAGUGUAAAUAUGAGUUAGGAGGUAUCGACGGUGUAAAUUUUAUUUUAACGAGAUGUAAAAGUAUAGCUAGAUUUUGUGAUCGCAUAGCGUUUUGUACUUUUAUUAGAUAAUAGUGAUGUUGCUUUUAGAGUUAGAGAACCUCUGAAAGACAGUCAUACAUAAUACCUGCGAUUCUCUACGUUAUAAAAGGUGCUUCUUCAUUGUUCCAUAUUGUUUUAAUUUAUUGCUAGAAGCGAGUACCUUGCCGCAAUAGAUUUAUGUGACAUACUUGCAAAGUCAAUUACUUUUUAUGUUAAUUAAUACAAUGCACAUAUUUCAACAAAGUCUGAAUUAUUUUACAAUAAGAAACUUUAUAUUGUUGUGAGAAAUCAAUGCAAGUUUGACACAAACCUAUUUUUUGUUACUAAUUGUUAUUUUGAUUGGAAUGAUUAUAUUUCGACUGCAAUUUUUUUAAGUACAAUAGUAUUUGAAUUUUCAAUGCAGAUUUAGAUAAUUAUUACACUAAAGUGGUUGUGUUGUUUAUUAUUUAUUUUGUUUAAUUUAUCUUUUAUUUAUACCAAAUUACUAUAAAUAGGAUCAAAUUAAUGACGGGUUCGUAGCAGUAGCCAUUGAAGUUCUUCCGUUGUUUAUAUAGUCUUCCGUUUUGUUUGGUACUUAUCCAAAAUUAAGAGGUGCUUUUUAUACUCCGAAUGCUGCUUGCCGCAGCUACAAACAUACACUCGCCAUUUUGUAAAUUUGGUUCAUAACUCAUAUUGAACAGUUUACUGUGUACCUAUUGUAACUUUUAUACAAAAUUAUGCGAAUAAAUGAUAAGUAUUAUA